AUGGAGCAACUCGAGUCCACCCUUCGUCCGGUGCUGCAGCCCAUCACUCAGAACCUCCCUGGACCAAUUCGCGACAUCGGCAUCUCGUUGCUCGGAAACCACUGCUACAAGACUCUCAUCCACGAUGUCCAGCUCAGCGAUGCGUCUUGCUUCAAGCUGGCCAUCUCAAAGGGACUCGGCAUUGGCAUCAUCGGCGCCUCUGCUGUCGUCAAGAUCCCUCAGCUUCUCAAGCUCCUGAACUCGCAGUCGGCAGCUGGAUUGAGCUUCCUGGCUUACGCUCUCGAGACCAGCUCAUACCUCAUUUCGCUCGCCUACAAUGCUCGCAUGGGCUUCCCCUUCAGCACGUAUGGCGAGACGGCCUUCAUCGCCGUGCAGAACGUCGCAAUCGCUGCUCUAAUUCUGCAGUACAGCGGCAAGGGUGCCGCUGCUGCUGUCUUUGUCGCUGGACUCGCUGCUGCUGGCUACUCGUUGUUCAGCCCGGACAUCAUUGACAUGAAGACCAUGGGUCUCUUGCAAGCUGGUGCCGGUGCUCUUGGUGUCGCCAGCAAGCUGCCUCAGAUCAUGACUGUCUGGCAGCAGGGCGGCACCGGCCAGUUGAGCGCUUUCGCCGUCUUCAACUACCUCUUCGGUUCCCUCUCCCGUAUCUUCACGACCCUCCAGGAAGUCGACGACAAGCUCAUCCUCUACGGCUUCGUCUCUGGCUUCAUCCUCAACGCCGUCCUCGCCAUCCAGAUGAUUUACUACUGGAACAGCGCUCCCAGCAAAGUCAGCGCUCCUUCGCACAAGUUGAACGAGUCGGGAAGAAAGGAGGCUAUUGCCAUGACCACAGGGUCCGAGCAAAAGGGAAAGAGCCCUAGCACUCGCAGAAGAGGUUAG